AUGGCACUGGCAUCACAAGCUGGUGGCUUCCUUGGUUUCAGUGCAGGACCAGACCCGAGCGAACGGAGGACUUCAUUUGGAAUAAGCCCUAAGUUAUUCAUCAAGGGAACCCCAUGGUCUCUCAAUGGGCGACGUCAAAUAUCAUCUGGGUGCCAAUUAUGUUCACCAACGCCGUCUGGCAAGAAGGUCUCCUUGUCGCUUGUUGCCAACCCAUCACAUCUAGAAGCCGAAUAUCCAGUCAUCCUGGGCAAGACCUAUGCCAUACAGAAUGUGGAGGGCAAUGAGUCCACUCACAACACUGCCAUGGGUGUGCUGCUUCACGGUGAUGCCGCAUUCGCUGGGCAGGGAAUAGUCUAUGAAACCAUGGGCUUCCACAACUUACCCAACUAUGGUACUGGUGGCACCAUUCAUCUCAUCGUGAACAACCAGAUCAGUUUCACUACUGACCCUCAUUUUGCUCGUUCCACUCCUUACCCUUUCGAUAUCGCCAAGUCCAUAGACGCCCCAAUUUUCCACGUUAAUGGUGAUAACGUUGAAGCUGUCAACUUCGUCUGCCAACUUGCGGCUGAUUAUCGCACAAAGUACAAACAUGAUGUUGUAAUCGACAUCGUUUUCUACCGUUGUUACGGCCAUAAUGAAAUGGAUCAGCCCCAUUUCACUCAACCGCAGAUGCAUCAGGUGAUUGAAAAGCAGCCAACACCACUUACCCAGUACACGAAGUUCUUGGUCGGCCGUGGGACCUUUACUGAGAAGGAUAUCGAGGAGCAUAAGAAGUGGGUUUGGGGGAUGCUGGAGAAGGCUGCUGGUGCGGCGAAGGAUUAUGUUCCGACCAGCAAGGAACGGCUAUCCGCAUCUUGGCAGGGUUUCCCUUCUCCCUGGCAAUUGGCAGAAGAGACACUGCCAACCCGUGCUACAGGUUCUGAUGAAGAUAUUCUCAAGCGCAUUGGAAAGGCCAUUUCAUCAUAUCCUCCUGGUUUCACCCUGCAUUGCAACCUUGCUCGUAUCCUUGGCGGCCAUGGCAAGACAGUUGAAGAAGGUCACAACAUUGAUUGGCCAACUGCCGAGGCUCUUGCAUUUGGCUCUCUUGCACUUGAAAAGAUACAUGUGGGCGUCCCCGGUCAGGAUGUGGAAAGAGGUACAUUCUCUCAGCAGCACGCUGUCAUUCAUGAUCAGAAGAAUGAACAGCAGUAUAUCCCUCUGAAUGACCUCAGUUCAAAUCAAGCUUGGUUUGUCGUAUGCAACUCGUCAUUAUCCAAAUAUGGAACUCUUGGGUUUGGAUUGGGCUACUCACUAGUUUCACCGAGCUCCCUCACUAUGUGGGAGGCACAGUUUGGCAACUUCGCCAAUAAUGCCCAGUGCAUCAUCGAUCAAUUCAUCGCCUCUCGCAAACGGAAAUGGUUGCAGCACUGUGGCCUUAUAAUGAGCUUGCCACACGGGUAUGAUAGUCAAGGUCCUGAGCAUUCAAGUGGAAGGAUUGAGCGCUUCCUCCAACUUUGCGACGAUCAUCCCAACGUCUUUCCUACACCAGAGAAAGUUGAGAGGCAGUACCAAGAUUGCAAUAUGCAAGUUGUGUAUCCAAUUAUGCCCGCUAAUUAUUUCCAUGUGCUCUGUCGUCAAAUUCACCACGACUUCCGCAAGCCACUCAUUAUUUUCUUUUCCAAAUCACUUCUGCGCCAUCCCAAUGCUCGUUUGGAUCUUUCGGAGAUGGUUGGCAACACUCACUUCGAACACUAUAUUCCCGAUUCCCAUCCUAAACACCUAGUGCCUGCUGAGGAAGUGAGGUGUCACAUCCUCUGCACCGGUCAAGUAUACCAGAUACUCAUUCAGGAGUGUGACGCCAAGGGCAUCAAAGGUGUGGUCAUCAGCUGCAUUGAGCAAAUCUCACCUUUCCCCUACAACCUCUGUUUCACUAACAUUUACAGAUCACUCCUCAUCUUUGACAAGUAUCCCAACGCAGAUAUACUUUGGUGCCAGGAGGAGCCAUUGAAUAACGGGGCGUGGACUUAUGUUGGACCCCGUAUUCUAACUGCCACCAACAAGACGCAGUACCACAAAGGCAAAUAUCUGUACUACACUGGAAGGCAGCCAACGAGCUCCAUCACUACAGGUAGCAAAGCCCAGCACAAGAGAGAAAUCGAGGAGUUCUUAGCCACGGCCUUUGCUUAA